UAGAAUAGGCAGAUAAUAAGUGUAAGCUGUCAGGAGAAGGAGAACAGAUGUGCCCUGGAGUCACAGAUCUGCAGAUCAGGAAAUAAUAGAAAGAUGUCUCUGCUGUUCAGAGAAUGAGUGAGAACUGAAGCAGCGACAGUUCAGAGCGAUGAGCCUCAGCAUCGACAAUAGGAACAGCUGUAAUGAGGAGAGGGUGGGGGUGUAAUUCUGGAAGAUUCUGCAGGAAUCUUACGAGUGGACCCCAUUUCAUUCGUUUAUUGUGGGGGGACUGAUUCUCUUAGCAAGGUGCUUAGCCUUCCCUGUCAAAGCCAAAAACUACACUCUGUGGUUGGGACUUACGGCUUUUAUGAUCCAAUGACUGUCAUGGGCUGACAGCUUCACAUCACUGCAAAGAUGUCAAAAAGACCAUCCUAUGCCCCUCCUCCUCCCCCUGCCCCUACAACUGUAAGUAUUCAUAUCGAAUAUGGAACCUACAGAAGCCCUAAGCAGACAUGCAUCAUUACAUUUUAUUAAUUUAUAAUGCGUAAUCUUAGUUGUUUUUCUAAGCAUCUCAACUAAUUUAUCUCGCCAUCUGCAUGAAGAUGGCUGGUUUUCACAUGAUAAUGUGUGCACUGCCAUUAUGUCAGAUCAUCAUAGCUUAUUUCCCCAUGCAAUAAGAAAGGCAAAUAGGACAUAGAAUCGAACAAGAUGAAAGUUUAGUAACAUUACAUCAAUAGUGAUAAUGUGGAAAAAUGCGUAGAGAUCUUGAGUGAACUCAAAUUAACUAGGCAUCACAGUGAAAAGCAGUGUUACUGUUUGAGAUGAUGAAAUAGUCAAGAUCAUGAGAAAAUAACUGAAAUCACUCAUUGUCAUGGGAUAACAGAGUGAAUUAAAUGGAUUGAUGUUUGUUUACUUAGAGCUUUGGUACAAUCAAAUAUUGUUUGGAUAUCUAGGUCAAGCUGAUGUUGCUGUUAAUAGAGCUUUGAAAUUCAUUUUUUAGUUUAUUAAGACAUAUUUUUCAAAGAGACCAGCUUCAUGUUUAAUUCACCUCUGCUUCAGUAAAUAUGAUGUCCCUAGAGACCCAGCAUGCAAGGCAAGUUUUUUUAUUAUGCUAUCUCUUUGCUCCUUUCAUUGGUCCUUCAAUUUUUGUUUUGGCUUUCCCUCCUCUUCUUUUAUGUCAUUUCUCAUUCAUAUCUCUGUCUCAUUUAUUUAAUCAGCAAAUGCCCAACACUACCGGGUUUGUGGGGUACAACCCCUACAGCCACCUGGCCUACAACAACUACAGACUUGGAGGAAGCCAAAGCAGCAACAGUCGGGUAACGACUUCCUCUGGAAUAAAUAUCCCAAAGCCACCCAAGCCACCUGACAAGCCAUUGAUGCCAUAUAUGAGAUAUAGUCGUAAGGUUUGGGAUCAAGUAAAAGCCUCCAAUCCUGAUCUGAAGCUAUGGGAAAUUGGGAAGAUAAUCGGUGGCAUGUGGAGGGACCUCACUGAUGAGGAGAAACAGGAUUAUUUGAAUGACUACGAAGCAGAGAAGAUUGAGUAUAAUGAGAGCAUGAAGGCCUAUCACAAUUCGCCGGCCUACCUGGCCUACGUAAAUGCAAAGAGCAGAGCCGAGGCAGCUCUGGAAGAAGAGAGCCGUCAGAGGCAGUCCAGACUGGACAAGGGCGAGCCUUACAUGAGCAUUCAGCCAGCGGAGGAUCCAGAUGAUUAUGACGACGGCUUUUCUAUAAAGCAUUCAGCUGCAUCCCGUUUCCAACGCAACCACCGCCUGAUCAGCGAAAUCCUCAGUGAGAGCGUGGUGCCAGAUGUGCGGUCAGUCGUCACCACGGCUCGCAUGCAGGUCCUCAAACGCCAGGUCCAGUCUCUGAUGGUGCACCAGAGAAAGUUGGAGGCAGAGUUGCUUCAGAUUGAAGACCGCCAUCAGGACAAGAAACGAAAAUUCAUAGAAGCCACAGAAUCGUUUACAAAUGAGCUGAAAAGGCUUUGCUGUAUGAAGGUGGAAGUGGACAUGGAGAAGAUUUCUGCAGAAAUAGCUGCAGCAGAAGACGCAGCCCGCAAGCGUGUUGCAGAGAGAGAGAAGGAUGCAGGAGACCAAGGUGCAAGAGAGGCCCCCACCUGUGUCUUAGCAGAGGAAGAAAAACACAUUUGUGCAACACAUGGCAAAAAGUCCCAGCAAAAUCCUCUCAGUGAAAGUAACAGCAAAGAUGGCGAGGACACAGAAUCAAACACUACAGAUACACCAGAAAAGCCAAAGGCCCCAGAGGACCUUGAGCCCCAUCCAGGAAGUGAGGAGGUGGCAUCAGAAGACAAGGAGAGUGUCCCAGAGGGAGCCAUGGAGGAGGGCACCAGCGACAGUAACACAGGCUCAGAGACCACCUCUGCUCAGACAGAAGAUGCUCCUACAAGUGAGCCAUCAGAGGGGCCAAGCAAAGCAAAAGCAGCUCACUGAGUCCUACACCUGACUGUCAACCACCAGCGGGAUGUCCUCUGAUAAUAUGUAUUGCACAGUAUCAUGUCACUUUGUUAAAGUAUAUGAAGAGCAUCAGAUGGGCUCAGUUUUAAACAGUCAAUGUUUGACGACACAAAGAAAUGCCCUAAAUACAAAUCAAUGAAAAAUGCAAAGCACUUGAAUGAUGAAGCAGAGGUCAAGUCUUAGGUCAAAGGCUGCUUCGUGUGCUACUAAAGCCCAUGUGAAAGCACUAUAUUGUCUUCACAGGCCUCAUUGCCAUUAAGUAGUACCCAUACAGGCCCUCCUCAGCACAUAUCGAUACAUAUCUCUCGCACUAUGUCUGGCAGAUCCCAGAUCAGCACCGUUUAAAAAUUAUAUGAAAAAAAAGCUGUCACAUGACACAAACAUUGUUCAGUGUUAGAUUUAACGUUGUCUUAUGUAUUGUAGUGUCGUCGUUGCUUUCGUCGCUAUGUUUGCAUGUUGUAAUUUUUUAAAGUACAUACUUGUGAAGAGUGGAGCAGGAGGCGAUUAUUUGUUUACUCUCUGUAUCAGUAUUACAGUGACAGUAUUGUCUCAGGAGUUUGCAGUCAGUAGUGGUAGUUAUUUUUGUUAUUUAUUAUUAGCCUUUAUAUGAUACUUGUGUAUUGGUCACCCUGGGCCUGGCCCUGGUCCAUUCACGAGCAUAUCACAUGAUCAUCAAUGCUGUGCAAUGCCCGACUACAAGUGUUCUGAAGUUUGCUAGCUGUCAAUCAAAUCAAAAGCAGUACGCUUAGAACAUAUCUGUGUUAUGAUCAAUAUUGCAAUUUUUCAGCAGUAAACUUUUAAAUGUACCGUAACUGUGUACAAGUUGUGAUGAGGUUUGCUUUUAACAUGGAUUUUCAUGUCGUAAAAAAACUGCUUGAACAACAGUCAUUAACAUGCAGUCUUAAAAUGUUUUUCCUUUUGCAUAUUUAUACCAAUAAACUUUUCUACCCUGAAA